UCAACUAAUAAACAAUAUGCAUCAACAGCUUCACAAGAUGCGAUCGAUCCGAAACUAUUAUUUCUAGAUUCACAGCAAUUGUCUCCGCAAGUUAUACAUACGCCUAAUUUGCAGACUCAUUUGCUUGCAUCUCCAACAAAUCAUACUCUUGCAUUGUCUCAACCCUCAAGCAUGAUUCCAGCUACUAUACAACAUAUUAUUACAGCAGAG